AGGGGUGGAAAGCACAUGAGAGGACAGCUCUGAUCUCACUACCUGAGGAAAGGCACACCAAGGGCACUGGAGUCACACAGAGUAUACAAGCCUGAGAACAGAAGAAUUUCACUGCCUCACUGACACAAACCAAAGUCACGGCUUUCCUCUGCCUGGGUGGAUUAUACUGAUUCUGUACUGACAGUACUAUCCAGACAUGGCUGAGGCGCAUCAGGCGGUGGGCUUCCAGUUCACUGUGCGUCCAGAUGGUGUGGACGUUAAACUGAGUCAAGAGGUCAUCAAAAACAUCUACCUAUCUGGAGUGACAGCAUGGGAGAAGCGAGCCAUUCAAUUCAAGAAUGGUAUAUUGACUGGAGUCUACCCUGCCAGUCCGUCCAGUUGGCUGAUAGUUGUAAUCACCAUGAUGAGUUCCUUGUAUAUCUGCAUAGACCCCUCUCUAGGAAUGAUUGACACAAUCAAGGACAACCUACCACACAGAGACUAUAUAUCAGUGCAGACCCGAGCGGUGCUGAGUGCCAUCCUGUUUGCCACUGGGCUGUGGCUGUUCCUCAUCUACCUCUUGAGAUACACUCUCAAAGCUCUACUCUCCUACCAUGGAUGGAUUUUUGAAUCCCACGGAAAAAUGAGCACGUCUACCAAAGUGUGGCUGAGUCUGGUGAAGAUGUUCUCUGGGCGCAGACCGCUGCUCUACAGUUUCCAGGCCUCCUUACCCAGGCUCCCUGUGCCCAGUGUGGAUGAUACAAUUCACAGGUACCUGGAGUCAGUCCGUCCUCUGCUGGACAGUGAACAGUACAACCAAAUGGAGAUUUUGGCAACUGACUUUAAAAAUUCCAAAGCAGCCCAGCUGCAGAGAUAUCUAAUCCUAAAAUCCUGGUGGGGAACAAAUUAUGUAAGUGACUGGUGGGAGGAGUACAUCUACCUCAGGGGCAGGAGUCCUAUCAUGGUGAACAGUAACUUCUAUAUAAUGGACCUCUUGUACUUGACCCCAACACACCGACAGGCUGCACGGGCAGGGAAUGUGGUUCAUGCCAUGCUGAAGUACAGACGCAAACUGGAACGUGGUGAACUUGCACCGCUGAGGGCUUUGGGGACCGUUCCUAUGUGUUCCACUCAGAUGGAAAGGAUAUUUAACACCACCCGCAUCCCCGGGAUUGAAACAGAUACUGUUCAGCACCUGACUGACCGUAAGCACCUGGUUGUCUACCACAAGGGCCGUUUCUUCCAAGUGUGGCUGUACACUGGAGGGCGCCACCUCUUACCCAGUGAACUGGAGACACAGUUUCAAAGAAUCCUCAAUGAUACAUCAGAACCCCAGCUAGCUGAACUUAAAUUAGCUGCCCUGACUGCAGGAAACAGAGUUCCAUGGGCUCGGGCUCGGGUUAAAUAUUUCAGCCAGGGAGGAAACAAGGUGUCCCUGGACGCCAUUGAGUCAGCUGCCUUCUUCCUGACACUAGAUGACGAGCCGCAGGGUUAUGACCCUGCAAACACCAAAUCACUUGACAGUUAUGCCAAGUCACUGCUUCAUGGAAAAUGUUACGACAGGUGGUUUGACAAGUCUUUCACCUUGAUUUCUUAUCCAAAUGGAAAAAUGGGUGUAAAUGCUGAACAUUCUUGGGCUGAUGCACCAAUUGUAGGACAUAUGUGGGAGUAUGUCCUUGCAACAGACUGCUUCCAUCUCGGCUACACAGAGGAGGGACACUGUAAAGGGGAUGUGAACAAAGGCCUGCCUCAUCCCACUCGACUUCAGUGGCAGAUUCCAAAGGAGUGCCAAGACGUCAUUGAGACUUCAUACCUGUCAGCCAAGCAGAUAGCUGAUGACGUGGACUUCCAUGGCUAUCUGUUCACUGAGUUUGGGAAAGGACUGAUCAAGAAGUGCAGAAGCAGUCCUGAUGCCUUCAUUCAGCUGGCCCUGCAGCUGGCACAGUUCAGGGACCAGGGAGUGUUUUGUCUGACGUACGAGUCGUCAAUGACUCGCAUGUUCAGAGACGGUCGGACAGAGACGGUACGCUCCUGCACUUCUGAGGCUGUUGCAUUUGUCAGAGCCAUGGAGGAUGCAGGUGCAACAAAUGCUCAGAGACUUGCCCUGUUUCGGAAGGCAGCAGAUAAGCAUCAACACAUGUAUCGUCUGGCCAUGACUGGCUCUGGUAUCGACCGUCACCUCUUCUGUCUCUACAUUGUGUCCAAAUACCUUGGUGUCGACUCGCCAUUCCUUAAGAAGGUGCUUUCAGAGCCCUGGAAGUUGUCUACCAGCCAAACUCCGCAGCAGCAGCUUAAUUUAGUUGACAUCAACAAGUUCCCUAAAUAUGUGGGUGCUGGUGGUGGAUUUGGCCCAGUAGCUGAUGAUGGUUAUGGUGUGUCUUAUAUAAUUGUUGGAGAAAACCUCAUCACAUUCCACAUCUCCAGCAAGUUCUCCAGUCCUGACACAGACUCAUGCCAGUUUGGUCAGCACAUUCGUAAGGCCAUGCUGGAUAUCCAAGCACUAUUCAAGCCUGAAAAUGAUAAGAAGACGGUGGAGCACACUGAGCAUGUACAGCGGGAAAAUGGGAAAAAGCACAUAUAACAGACACUGUGAUGAGUGGUAUGCUGGAUUUGGCUCACAUACAACCUGAGUCUCUUUGUCAUGCUUCAGCCAUAAAAAGAAAAAGUUCUGGUGACAGGUUGCACUUAGGAUCUUUUUGCUUUUCCAGUGGGUCACAUUAUAUGAGCUGGUCAUUCCACUCAGUCAGACUAAAGGCAUAGUGUUACUUCUCUAAUUUAUUUCUAUUUUAUAUUGUACCUUCCAGAGCUGUUGAUUUGGUGCUGAGGGAAAGAUGUAAUCUUUCAAAGUUUGUUUCUUCCUCCUUUUUGUCAGUUUAUGCCAUAUACUGUAUAUAAAGCUAAUGUAAUCUGAAAAUAUUUGUUACAUGCAAGUAUUUAUGAAUUGCUGUUCAUUUUAAGUUGUCAUUAUACAUCAAUUACAUAAAGCUCACCAUCUGUGGCUUUUUGCCCAAAAAAAUUAAGUCCUACGAAUCACUAGAAAUGAAUUAAUCAUACUGGAAACUGAUCAUUAUUUUUCUAUUCUUUACAUAUGAACAAUCGUAUAAACGCUUUCAAUACAUCAAAAAUAGACACAGAAAAACAAUAUAUUAUAAGAGAUGUUUAUUUUAAGAGGUGGGCUAGAGGUCAUAUCGUGUUCCUGAUGUCCAUAUGAACAUUUACAGAGGCCUUCCAGAUUCAUCCAGGCUAUUAGGAUAAACCGAAACGAUCUGCACUUUAAUCAGUUGGAAGCUUCGUAACAGUAAGUCAGACUGCUCGCAGCAACAUUGAGAGCAAAACUAAAUGCACCAGAUCAUGAACAAAGGCAACAAACUCACUGAUUAGAGUACAUGAUGUUAACAACCCUGACAGCUUUUUACAUUUAUGCAAACGCUAUAUACCAUAUUACCUUAAAUAUGAUGACAUAUUGGGAAUGCAGAUGGUAGAAGGUUCAUCUCCUGAGGGGUAUGCCGAUUUCUUCUCCUUUAUGACUUUAAACCACAAUAUUUCUAUGACUUCAGGUUAAUGCAGAAUGAGGCAACAUGAGGUGUUUAUGUAAAAAGAAUCUGCAGUUUUAUGAUGCAAGUAGAUCAUUUCAGAUCUGAUUCAUUCCAUUAACAAAAAAUGCAGCUCCCAAAGAGUGAGCAAAACCAAACUAUCUUCUAUUUGAAUAUUUAUUAGUUGAGGUGGGGACAAUACAAAAAGUGAAAGUAAUAAAAAACAAACCAUUCUGGUCGCACUGCGUUUCUUUCAAGGCAUCGGUUACAGCAAUGAACUAAAA